GGAGUUGUCGAAUUUUAAAGGGCGACCGGUAAUGGACGGAAAUUUGCUUGGCGCCAGCGAACCUCGUUCCCGCCCUGCGGCGACCGGUCCGGCUACAUCGAGGCGACGAAAGGGCAGGAAAGCGACCCACCUCAGACCCCGAUUGACAGGAAGGAGGAACUGGGGUGAACGAGCGCACGAGCACUCCCGCGGAAUCCUGGAAGAGGGUAGGAGGGUAGUAGGAGGGCGCGAUAAGCGAAAGUCUCUCUCAUCACUCGCCUCUACCAUCAGUGCCCUUUCCCCUUCCCCAUCUCCAUUUCCCGCCACAGAUGCGACUGUUUUGUCUCUCGCAAUGGUGGUCGGUUUGCAAACUUCUUAGAUGCAAGUAUCACCUGGUGUACAUAUUUGACACUUGUGCAUCAGGCCGCUCAUCUUAUUGAUCUCUUCGGCAGCAGGCAGCAGGCAGGCAGGCAGGCAGGCAGACGUGUACGAUACGAGGGGGUUUCCAUAACCUAUACCGUCGAGUCGACAAACAGGCGGAAAGUGGCGGGGUGAACAUCCGGGUGCAGCGGAUAAACUUUUUUUGCGAGGGUGGGCCGUCCGUCUGCGGGUCUAUAUCAAUCAAUCAUAUACCAAUCUAUCAAGCAAUCAGUCAAUCAAUCAGUCGAUCAAGAUGAGCUCUUCGACGACCCACAAGACACUGAGCAAGAUCGCGGCCAACAGGCUCCAGAAGGAGCUCAUGGAAUGGCAGGUAUCCCCGCCUGCAGGGUUUAAGCACAAGGUCACAGACAACCUGCAGAGAUGGAUAAUCCAGGUAAAUGGCGCUGACGGCACUCUCUAUGCGAACGAACAGUUCCAACUGCAAGUCGAUUUCCCGGAGCACUAUCCCAUGGAAGCACCACAGGUUGUUUUUAUAAAUUCUCCACCUCUUCACCCCCACAUUUACAGUAAUGGGCACAUUUGUCUUGAUAUCCUGUAUGAUUCAUGGUCUCCUGCGCUGACUGUCAGCUCUAUCUGUAUCAGUAUUCUCUCGAUGCUUUCCAGCUCAACUGAGAAGGCAAGGCCUUCUGACAAUGAUCGCUAUGUUCGCAACUGCCGGAAUGGGCGUUCUCCUAAGGAGACCCGCUGGUGGUUUCAUGACGACAAGGUGUAGACGACUCCGGGAUGGAACGAGGAAUUUCUCAGAGCGCCCACCUUCGCGAACUCUGCUUCGUGGCAAGUGCAGUGGUCGAGAAUGGAUUGUUGGAAUGAAGGGUAGAGAAGUACGUAGAGAUGUAUAACACCGAAUGGCUUGCUAGGGUUCUUGUCUGCUAUCGUUGUUCGUCUUUUCCUAUCUUUCAUGAGAACAUAGAUGCAUGUUUCACGUCAUUGUCAUGGAGGCGGAGGGGGCAUUUGGGAGGAGGCUGGCAAUUGUAAAGAGUUGACGGGUUGGCGCUUGGCUUGUUUGCCUUUGCAGGCUAAGCAGAGUAGAGUUGGAGGCAGUUGCGAGGCUUUUGUUGUCUUCCACAGGUCUGCCUCACUCAAGCUUUGAGUGCUCGAUUUGCGGGCUCUGGAGUAGUGGGCAGCUCUUCGAAUCUUGCGACUUGUGUACAAGUAUGGAUCGGGCUUACUUAAUCCCGUAAAGGAGUACAGAGCAAGCUGUGAUGUCGGUGAGUUUGUCGACUUUGUCAGAGCUGCUCCGCAAAACUAAUCCCGUAAAUAUGCAGAUGUGAUUUAUCUUCUCUCCUCUCUUCUUGUGUUCUCCACACAAAAAAUCCCGCACCGAACCCAUUCUCGUCAUCAUUCUUCCUCCAUAGACGCCUCUACGAAGUCAUAAAGCCCGGCCAGCUGACUAGUUUCGUAACUUCGUAGGCUUCCGACCUCGCAUUACAGGUCUGGAAGAAUUUAGAUGGGUGCUCUCUCUUCCUUCUAGUGCCGGCUGGCCUUGUUGUUGAUAUAAAGCUUAAAGUGAGCAUUUGGAGAGAUCCCAAUGGGCAGUCGUCUGUGCUGCAAAGGUCACAUCACGCGGUCUUUUGAUUCUUUAGACCCCAAGCCUGCUUUGAGUGUCUUCACUCUCCUUAGCCAGGAGCAGGGAGACCUGCUUUCCUGAUCAGAUGCGGUAGGUGUAAGUUGGCAAUUGAUUGCGUCAUGUGUCUGCGCUUGAGAUUUGCGGUAGGAGGGUGCCGGGGGGCGGGCGUUGAUGAUGUCUGUAGUUCUGCUGUUUGUAGAGAACCAUAGAUGGUUUUGAUUGGUAUCGAGUUAUCGCUGCUGUUCUGUCAGAAGGAGGGAAGCAGUAGAAAACCGUGCCGAGCUCACAGCGGAGCUUUCCGUCGCGCAACAAGAUGUGGUAUGUUGCUGGAGGAUAGCGCGAACUGUGGCGACUAGAGUCGCUGCACUUUUGCAGCAUGCCCAUGCCCAGUGUUGAGCUGAUGGAAACUCUACCAGGUCUGGUUUUGCUGGAGGAUAGCGCGAACUGUGGCGACGAGAGUCGCUGCACUUUUGCAGCAUGCCCAUGCCCAGUGUUGAGCUGACGGAAACUCUA